UUCAUCGUCGUGUGUUAGGAAGAAGCUAUGGCAGAAGGUGCUCCACCAGCAGAUGCCGCCGCCGCUCCUCCACCAGCAGAUGCCGGUGCGGCCCCUCCGGCCGCCGCGCCUGCCGCUGACGCGGGCGCAGCAGCCGCCGGCGGACCUCCAACUCUCACGGCCGAUCCUCCAAAUGCUACCGUACCUGCGGCUGGCGGUAAAUCGACACACAAGUUGGCCAAUCCUGGAGCACAGAAACUGAUCUUCAAAGUGAAAAGUUCAAACAACAACGAGUAUCGUGUGAAUCCUGUGUAUGGAUUCGUUGACGCCUCCGGCAGUGCGCAACUGGAAGUUACUCGCUUGGCUGGUGCCCCAAAAGAAGACAAACUGGUGGUGCAAUUUGCGCCCGCUCCAGCUGACGCUACUGAUGCACAAGCAGCAUUCGCUGCAGCGACUCCUGCAGGCAACAUCACCAUCAAUCUCAGCGCCACCUAAAUGAUAUGAUAAAGUAAUCGAGCUAAUAAAGGCUUGUUCAGGGAGGUUCACAAUAAACCCCUGAAUUCGAUAUGUCGAUUACUUAUGUGUGUGUUGAGUAAAAAAUGUGAAAA